AUGCCCCCUUACCGACGACUCGAAUAUGUCUGGGAUGCUCGCGGUCUUUCGCCAACUGGUGAAUCGGCUGUGGGCGCCUUGAGAGAUCGCGUACAUACGGCGCUGUUCCAGCAGUGUGCGGAUGUCUGUGAACCGAGCAAGGCUGCAGGACGUCUCGCAAGAAUCCUGCUACUUCUACCGCAGCUCCAUCUGAUCUCUAUGGAAGUGGUGGAACAUCAACGUAUGCGCCACACAUUCGCAUUUCCAUAUCAGUUGAAUCCACUAUCGGUUCAGCUAUUUGGUGACAUUUUUGAAGAGGGAAAGACAGAUGAGCCGUAUCUGAUCCAUUCUUCGUCGUGCAGUCCGUCCAGUGUUGUUAGCAGCUGA